GUGAAUUCAAAGGCUAUUUGUCAACAAAUCGCUUGGAUCGCUACAUAAACAUCAUGUAAGAAAAGGAUACAAAUUUUAAAGUUCUAACUUCUUAUGAUGGGUUCUUACAAACUAUAAUUGGUAUUAAUUGUGCAUUUCGUAAAGCCUGUACCGAUUAGCUGCGCUUGUAAACUCGUCUCUGUAGUCCAUAGCCAGUAGCCUAACUUGCCGGUAAAGUCUACUACUAAUUUACUAAGGCACAAGGCUUAAGUUCUAACUAAGUAAACUAAGGCGGUAAUAACUAAGAAAGUGACAUACUAUACUCGACGCCACUGCACGGGUCUGACACGACGGAAAGAUACCGGGUAUGCUUGUGCUUUAAUAGGCAUAUCGCAUAUCAUAUCACUUCCGUAUUUAAGAACUAGUUACUGAAAAGCUAAUUGUGAUAGUGAUAUUGUUGAGAGAAACUGUCUAGAAUGUCUAGACAAGUUGAUGGACCGUCCUAACCUGAACCUGUUAAUGAUUUUAAGUUUAAGGUUUUAGUCAUGUCUGGAGCAGCCCCCAUCUUUCCUCAGGCCCAAGCAACCACACGAAGGUUUGGGCUUUCUGUCCAGAGAAUGGCUUUAUGUCCCCAUUACUCUUUAUGGUUUUUGAACUCAUUCUAACUCAACUUUCUUCUUCUUCUAUAUUAAGUAUUAUAUAUAGGCCAGGGAUCAAUGUAGGCCUAUUGAUCAUUCUGGCUCCUACAUAUGUAGUGGGGAUUUGCAAUAUUUUUAUGCCUGGUAUUUCACUGGUUACAACUACAUGGUAUUAAUAUGGUCUUGUCUCUGAGAUAUUUUUAAACAGAAGUGGUUGGGAAACCAGCCCCACCCCCCCCCCCCUUUUUGUGCAAUGGAAUUAUGGAUGUGAAAACUCCCUUAAUUACUUAAUAAGUACAAUACUUAAUAAGUACAAUAUCCUCUAAACUUAAACACAUGUAAAUGUACUGAGGCUAAGGUAUAGAGAAUAAAAUCCCAUUUUCUACAAGAUAUAAUUUUUUAGCAUAAUACCCAAGAGUUCCAAAGAGAUAACUUACUGAACUUAUUUAGCUUAUACAAAAAGCGGAAUCAGUGGUUUCCUAUAUCUAAGCGGUGGGAGAGAAGCCAUUCAUGCCAUGUUGUGGAAGCCUAACCCCUACAUGAAUUUCCAUGAUAGUUUUGGGUGGUGAACGCUCUGCUUUGUAAAAGCGGGGCAUAUAACGCCACAUAUAAAUUUAAAAUUCAGGGAUGCAGUUUGGCGCAUACCUGAAUUUACUUUUGCAUCAUUCUACACAAUUUGUCGAAGAGCUACAGAAGAAAUGUUUGUUGAAGUAUAGGUGCCCCUUGAGUGGUAGUGUUUUACAAGUAGUAGUUACUAAAAAAUGAUGUUUUAUCAUUUUUAUUUAAGAUUUAAAGAUUACUUGUUUGAAAUGAAUAUUAAAAAGGACUAAAAUGGGGGCCAGUAUGCUGCACUGCCUUGUACUGACAGAGAAAAAAUGGAAAUAGAAUAAAGAAACAAGUUCAUUAUUUAAAUACCGAGGUGGCCGCAACAUUUAACGUGCUGGGCCACAUGCAGCCCUUGGGAUGACCACACCUGUUCUAUCACUUUCAUUUAAUAGAUUUUUAAAAUGGAUUCAUUUUACAUGUCUAUUUGUAUUUCACAAUCCUUUUGUCAGUACUCGUUUAAGUUAUUCAUUAGGUGAAUUUAAGUUAUAUUUAUAUAAAAUUUUAUUUGUUUCUUUUUCAGAUUUUACCCAAAAAAAAUUUAGAAUCCAAUUAGCUUAAUAAUCCAUCCUAAAAGAAUCUGAAAUGGAUACAGUUUCCUCAACAAGGUAAUUUUUUUAAUAAUUAUUGAGAAGACAGAAACAUUAUUCACAGUUGCUUUAUGAACUAAUACAACUGAAACACUGGGAAAAUCCCCUCCCUCCCUCUCUCUAUCUCUCUCUCUCUAUCCCAUCCCUUUACUUUUCUCUCUGCUGACUAACUUUUAUAUUUGAACAACUUUUUGAGAUAUAUUGACCCUAACAAGCUUUAUGCACUGGGAAAGCAUUCAAACUUCCUUUCUUUUCCUAAUUAGGCCAUGCCUGAUUCUCUUGCCCCUCUCAUAAUAUUAAUUACUACUGUAAGAUGGCAGAGGAAAAAAUUAAAAGAACAAUAUAUUACACUUUUUAUGCAUGCUGUGUACACAACAGUUUAUGGUGGCCAUUUGUAAAUGAUGUCACCUUGUAAGUUCCCCUCCCCAUUGUCAAAUUUUCACAAAAUGUAGAUACCCUUAAAUGCAUAAUGCAUUGUUAAGAAAUGUGUGCCCUCUAACUCAUCUCAUAGACCCCUGACUCCCCUCAUAGAUGUGUGAGGUCAAUUUUAUGAUUGGCCUCAUUCCAAAUUGUAUCGAAUUAGUUACAUUUUCACUGGGUGGGAUUUGAUUAGUUGGAUCUUAAAUAAGAAUCGCUAAGUUUUGUAAAAGACAGAAGGUAAAUUGACUUUUUAAAAAUUAUAGCAUUAAUUGUUAAUGAUGCAUUGAAACUUGAAUGUUUUUUAAAAUCUUUUUUUAACUUUGAGAAGAAUACAAGUGACUGUUACAAAUGAUGUUUAGAUCAUUUACGAUAAUUUAUUUCCAGCACAUCCUCCGAAGGAGACUCCAUUAAAAUUUUUCUCAGAGUUCGGCCCCCUGAUCCAAGUAUUAGUGAAAAUGACUUUGCACCACGAGUUUUAGAUGUUAACACAGCUGACAAUGCGGUCAUACUUAGAACCAAGCCUGAGCCUAAAAUCUUUACAUAUGACAAUGUUGCAGAUGCUGAUAUUACUCAGGUUUGAGGAAAAUUUAUAGAUUGGGUUUAAUAACUUAUAAAUCAUCAAUUAAAAUAAGGCAUUUAAAAGUGUUAAGUUUGACAAUGAUCUUGUAUUAUACUUCCAUGUUAUUUAAGUGAUUACAGUAUGAAAUUACUAUACAUAUACAAGAGAAGAAUAUGGAAACAACAUUUUAUUUAUAAUUAAGUCAUAAAAAUCCCUCAAAACAUCUCAUUUUAUACCAAGAAAUUUCAUGGAUUAAAACUCAUGAUCUGUCUGCCAUUAUUGAAAGUACAAUUAAUUAGAUGCAGAUAAUUUAUAAUGUGAAUGUAAAUAGUAUCUGGCAACUUUUUUUGUUUUCACAGGAAGCUGUUUUUUCAAUUGUAGGCAAAAAAAUAAUUGAAAGCUGUGUCACUGGUUAUAAUGGAACAAUCUUUGCUUAGUAAGUACCAAAAUCAAUUUAAUGGAACAAUCUUUGCUUAGUAAUUACCAAUAUUAAUUUAUAUCUUAGAAUUUAUAACUUUGUUGAAUUAUUCAAAAGUUAUGCUGGUGUCUCUGGAAAAAAGCAAAUGUUUAAAAUUUCAUCAUGUAGCAAAGGGAAAGUGGUUUAACUCUGUUAAAUAUUACUGUUUUCUUCCUUUUUUUUCCAGUGGCCAGACAGGCUCAGGAAAGACAUUUACAAUGCUUGGUGAGAAAUUAAAUACCAGUAACCCUGUUAAGUUAUAGUUUUAUCGUCAUUUUGUUUUUCAUACUUAACCUUGAAAGUAAUUUUCUUUUAAUUUUGGAAUUAUUGUUUUACAGGUCCUUCUGAAAAUUCUGAAAGUUUUCAACAUGAGCUCCGUGGUGUGAUUCCCAGAAGCUUUGAAUACCUCUUCAGCCUCAUUGCCCAUCAACAAGAACUGGUAUGUACAUUCUAUUUAUGAUAUGAAUAUCAUUUUCAAGAUCAAGUUGGUUAAUUUUGUACUUAAAUUCUGUCUAUUUUCACUUGACAUUAACAUUCCAAUAAUUUUUAUAUUGUUUUUUUUUUUUUUUUUUUUUUUUUUUUUUUUUUUUUUUUUCUAACAAUAAUUUUUUUUUUUUUUUUUUAUUUUUUUUUUUUUUUUUUUUUUUUUUUUUUUUUUUAUUUUUUUUUUUUUUUUUUUUUUUUUUUUUUUUUUUUUUUUUUUUUUGCUAUCCAGCAACAAGCAAUGUAUGUGACUCAUAGUAAUGUUUAUAUUUUAGAAUGAAAAUUGUUAAAAGUUAUGUUAAAGAAAUAUUUUUUGUUUACAUUUGGAUAUAUUUCAAUUUAAAAUGUGUUACAGCUGUGUCAAUUAAACGAAAAUAGAUCAAAAUUGUCGUUAAAGUUAGAAGACAUCAAUAAUCUCCUGUCUAAGCUAAAAGCUGCAUUCCUACUAACGGCCAAUUGAGUAAAUACAGAAUAAAAAAUUAUUGUUUUUUGUUGAAAAUCACAAUUAAUUCCAAAGACAAAAAUGUAGCCUACAUUUAAAAAAAAAUUAUUUGAGAUAGGAAGAAUUUUUCUGUCACGGACAUGUUUUAAAUUUCUCUGAAUUAGAAUUAAUUUUUUUCCAUAUGACUUCUAAGUGAAUGCUUAUUUAGAAUGAGAAACAGAAUCUAUUUUUUACAAUUCUGCAGCAUGGUAGUAAGAAACAGUUCCUGUGCCGCUGCUCCUUUCUGGAGAUUUACCAAGAACAAAUCUUUGACCUUUUGGAUCCUGCGUCACAGGGUCUUCAUCUUCGUGAAAAUAUGAACAAAGGUGUUUUUGUGGAUGGUCUUAUAGAGCAAGUAAUUUGUAACCCUAGUGAUGCAUAUCAGGUAACUGCUCUGCUCUUAGUGUUAAUUUUGAAAAUGGGAUUAAUUUAUGUUUGUAUGGUUAACUAUUAGAUAUAAAUCAUUGUUAACCACUGUGUCUGUCUGUAUUUUAUUACAAAGGGAUAUUCUUAUUUUAUUUUUUUAAAGUAGGUACUUUGAUAUUUAAUUAAAAAGGGAAAUAGAAUAUGAAGCUGUCGGUAGAUCCUCUUAGAUUUUGUUUCAGAAAAUAAAAAUAACGUCUUUAAAACCACCUAUGUCUGUAAUGAAUGAUGCAAUAUUCUAACAUUAGAUUAUGAAUAGGUGCUGGGACUUGAUUCUGUUCAUAUCAAAUCUCUCAGUACAACAAAAAAACUUACCAAAAGAAUCUAAAUGCAACUUUUCUAAAUCCAUUCCUUACUGUAGGUCCUUAUCAUGGGCUGGUUAAACCGUAGAGUAGCAGCUACUUCCAUGAACAGAGAGAGUUCAAGGUCACAUGCUGUUUUUACAGUCAUGAUAGAGUCCAAGGUAUUACAUAUAUAAUUGUUAAUUUAUUGUAUGAAAUGAUGAUCACAGACUCACCUUUUUAUUUUAGUACAGAUUUAAAGAAAUUUAUUGGGAAAUAGAGAGUUUUCAGCAAAGAAAGAUAAACAUGAUCCAGUCAGUUGUUUAGUUAGCUAAAGGGCAGAUAGUUUAUAUAAGCUUCUAGUUAUUCCAAAUGUAAAUUUUUCAGGCAUGCACACAAUAAAAAUUAUGUAAUCCUAAUGCAUAUCAGUGGUAAAUAAUGUAAGCUUAAUUACUUCUCUUUCCCUGAGUUUUGAUGUUUCAUAAUUAUAGCUCUAUUAUUACUUUCUAUUAUUAGAGUUAUUAGCUAUUUUUUUUAUUAUUGUACUUUUAUUAUAUUAUUUAAUAUAGUUUCUUUCAUUUGAUUUUUUUUUAAACCUGGUUUCUUAAAAAAUUUUUGAUGAUUUAUAUUCAAAGCUUAAAUGGGAAGACUUGCUUGAAUUUUAAGACUUUUGAUAAAAUAAAUGCCUUUAUUACAUAUUCUCUGCUUGUUAUCAAAGUGUACGUAUAAAGGUGACACUGAAUGAUACAUUUUUAUAAAUUUAGAUUGGGCAGCCAAGUUAUAGAGAUUAUUUUUUAAAUUAACCUAAUGAUGGCAAACAUCUUUGUUUGGAUUUACCAACACGCAUUAUGUUCAAAACUUUUUCAAUGUUUUCUUUAAGAUUGCAAUGCAUUUAAAAAAAAAAAAACAUUUCCAUUUGUUUGAAUCAAUAAAAGUAUCUUAUCUUAAUGUUAAUAUGCUGUAAUAAUUCAUUGCACCUACUUAACACCUAAAUAUCUUCUUACAGGAGGAUGCUGGAGGAGUACAAAAUAUACGAACAUCACAGCUGAACCUUGUUGACCUGGCAGGAUCAGAGCGUCAGAAAGACACCAAUACAGGGGGGACAAGACUUAAAGUAAAUAUCAUAGUGUGCUUGUGGAAGAGAGUUUUCAUGUAGCGAAAGUGCACUUUGUUAUAGCAAGACAUGUUUAGACAAGGUUUUUUUUUAUUAUUCAGGCAGCUCUAAGCACUAAAAAAAAUUUUUGGUCCUCUCAAUCCAGGAAGCAGGCAGCAUAAACAAGUCUCUCUCCGUGCUGGGUAAUGUCAUCAUGUCUCUUGUGGAUCUGAGCCAUGGUAAAAAAAGGCACAUCCCUUACCGAGAUUCAAAAUUAACCUUCCUGUUGCGGGUCAGUUUUGUUUGUUAAUGAAAUAUAAGAACAGGGUAUGCUAAACUUGAAUUCAUAGACAGGACAAAAGAUUUGUUAACUAUUUUUUUAUUUUAUUUCAGCUAGUUUCAGUUUUCUUUAAAAAUUUCCUUGAAAGAAUUUGUGUGAUAUCUCCAAGGUUUUGUAAUUUAACAUUAUCAACAAAAAGAAGUGUCUAAAAAUGUUUGACACCACUGAUAAAGUAAGGGCCAGUUCCAUACAGGAACUUUGUUUUAUUUUUAGGUGGAUUAGACGUUGAUUAUGCUAAGAAUUAAUUAAGUAAAAAUUGAAAUGUUUUACUUAAAAUCAGGAUUCCCUUGGCGGUAACACAAAAACAAGAAUGAUUGCUUGUGUACACCCUGAUUCCAGGUAAAAAUUUAUAGAUAUUAUUUAUUUGCAUUCUUAGCCUUUGCAAUUCUUUAAGCUUAAAAAACUGAGUUUUCUUAGGACUGUGAUUGUAUUUGCAUCAUUAUACACUGUAAAAUAACUCUAAUUUAAAUUCUUAUUUUUUAGGUGUUUUGGAGAAACACUUUCAACUCUCAAUUUUGCAAGAAGUGCAAAACUAAUCAAAAAUAAAGUGAGUACAUCCUGUUAUAAUUGCAUAUAGCAUGGCAUGUUUACAAUUGGGCGCUGGCAUGCAGUUUCAAUUCUUUUUUUUAAAUGCUUUGGUAGAUUUUAAUAAUUUUGUUCAAACAAAACAUACAAUAAGUUUUGCCGCCACAAAUAGUUCAAGUCAUAUUAAAAGCUCCAUUUAUUUAAAAAACAAACUAUUGUGUUGUAAUCUAUGACAAAGAUAGUCCAAAGAUAAUGAACAAUGGAAUUCUCUCCCAUAACACAUCCGCAAUAUACCGAGAGAUGUGUUUUGAGUGCUGUUUUAAAGGCAUGUACAGUCUGUAUUCAUCUGCAAUAUACCGACUGUACAUGCCUUUAAAACAGCACUUACAACACAUCUCUUUAAACUCUAUUAUCUCUCAAUGGCCGACAAACGAUGCUUCUGGCUGCUGUCCAUGGCUUGACAUUUAAAAUUUCUGGGGUGGGUGGUGUGAAUAUACAUUUGUUGGGUUUUUUUUGUUGUUGUUAUACAGCUGUUUCUUGAAUUAAAUAAAUGUAAUUUAUUUUUUAAUGUCAUGAUCAUGUUUGCUAAUAUAUUUAUGUACAGCAAGGUGAGCCCAGCUCUAUGCUGGGGUACCGCGCUAUUUAAGACCACCACUAAUAAUAAUAAUAUAUUUUUAAGGCUGUUGUCAAUGAAGACUUUCAUGGCAACAAUCAAAAACUCCAGAAUGAAAUUCGUCGUCUUAAAGAACUCUUAGAAUCCAUGCAGCAUACUCCAGGUCCUGAAAUUCGAACCAGUGUGGCAUCCCCUACAGGUUUGUUUUAAAAUAAACUUUAUUGAACACUUCGUCCUUAACCCAUUUUUAAAAAAUCCUUUAUAGUAACUUCGCUUCUUUUCAUGGGUGGCUGGCUGGGUACAAAAUCUUUGGACGGCUAAUUGAUGCACUUCCUGUCAAGCUAUUGAGCUGAAACUUGACACAUAGACUCGUUGCAGAUAACACAUUCUAUCAAAUUUUCAACCCCACCCCAGGGGUGCUACUUUUCCGGGUUGUCCCGGAAUUCCGGAUUCGUGAGGCUAAAUAUUUUUCAUUUCCGGAUUCGCGACUUUUUAUUUGCUAUCGUUCCGGGUUCGCAAGUUCAAUUUUUUCAAACACGGGCGCUGGAUUUAAAAAUUAAAGACAAAGCCAACGCAGAAGCGCGCGAAGGUCCAUCCAUUCCGGGAGAAGUGGGUUGGUCGGUUUUUCGCUAUAAAUAGGACAGGUACCGUGUAUCGCGACAUAUCGCCUCUCACUUUCUGGUUUGCGAGCGUCUCGUGUUAGUUUGCAAUCGCAUCGCUUUUUGCUGAGUCAAGUUACUUACACUUACGCGGACAAUCCUAUUUCCAUUGAUUACCUUUUAAUAUAAAUUACUACAGACAGCUAGAAGUUGCCACGUUUCUGUUAUAUUUAUAAUUGAAAACAAAAAGACUUUACUUUAUUAAAAUGCGUUUCUUGGAUGAGAAAGAAAAUAUUGCCGAAUUGGAGAAAACUGUUAAAAACAAGUGGCGAUGGCAAUGGUUGGAAAAUGAAAAUGACAGUGGUGCUUCGUUUAAAGUUUGGUGUAAAAAAAUCAACCACCCUGGUAUGUAGACCUAAUUUACUUACUGCUAUUACUACUUAAGAAUACUAAUAAUUACUACUUUCAUUGUAGAUAUUUGCAUAACUUCUAUGAUUUUCAUUUCAUUUACUUUAUCUGCUUUUUUUUUUGUACCUAACACUAACAAAUAUUGUUUACGCGCGAUUGUGAAUUUGUGUUGCAAAGAACAUUGUUUUUAUUAACAUAACCAUUACCAUUAAAGAUUACCUAAAGGUUAAUGAUAGUUGUGGAUGCCACCACAUCUUUUUAGGGUUCAGGUUAGUUUUAGGGAUACAUUUACUUAGAUUUAGUGACAGAAUUUCACAGAAUUAACUGGUUUCUCAACCAAGAUGGUGGCCAAUUAUGGCAUCCACAAUCACCAUUUACCAAAAAAUAUAAAAGAAGAAAUUUAAAGUCAACCUCAAUCUUUACAGGUGCAUGUUUUUGCAUAGUAUGCAAUCAAACUUUAGUCUAUGGAUCUUCUGGGAAAAAAGCUUUGACAGACCAUGCGAAUAAUCCUGCACACUGCAGUGCUUUAGCCAGCCUUCAAAAGAGCUACAUUUUACCUGGCACUACAUCAGACAUUUCUAGCAGAAGGCAGUGUUUAAAUGAUAGGGUUCAAGAUGUCAAAACUGUUGUUGGUGCCUUCCUAGCGGAACACUGCUUACCAUAUAGCAUGUCUCCACACAUUCUUGAAUUGUGUAAAAAACUUGCCCAAGAGACAGAGGCUCUAAAUGCUACAGCAAUGGGACGAACAGCAGCUACAUACACAAUUACCCAUGGUAUUGCUGAAGAAAUGAAAAGAGAACUGAGUGACAGUCUGAGAUUCAAAUUUUUUUCGCUUAACAUUGAUGAAGCAACAAACAAUGCAGGGAACAAGUUUUUAAAUGUUCUUGUUCAAUUUUUUUGUGACACUCAAGAAAAAGUUGUUGUUGACUUUCUUGGCUCGAGGGAAGUUAAUUUUUCUAUUUCCGAAAAUAUUUUCAAUGCAACAGAGAGUAUUCUUUUUGCGAGAGGUCUCUCCUGGUGUCAGGUUAUUUCCUGUCUAAUGGACUAUUGUAAUGUGAUGCGUGGAGUCAAGAACGGAGUUGAGUCAUUGAUACGACGAGCCAAUCUAAAUCUCCUCAAUGUCAGUGGUGACACUGUGCAUAUGAUGAACAAUGCUGCAAAAGCAUUUUUUGAGCCCAUUGAGGAAUUUUCAGACUUUCAGACAUUUGCUUCCAACAUUUUUUAUGACAUAGAGGACUCUCCAAAGGCAAGAGCUUUUUUUCAUGAAAUACAGACAUUACUGUAUUCAAAGGUGUGGACCAUAUUUAGGCCAAUUUCAUUUCAAAUAGAUUUUUGCAAAUGAAAGACGUUUGUGACAGAUUGCAUCAGCUAUGGGGUGCUCUAUUUAUAUUCUAUUUUGGCUUCCUGUCAAAUAUUGAACAAUCAAAACAUAAAACUGAUGUUAAAGAAAUCUAUGUAAAGUUUAAAUUAAACACCAACCAGCGGGACAAACUUGACAACAUCAUAACAAAUAUGAAAAAACAAACAAAAACAAAAGCUGGAACUGUUCGAAAAGAAAGUAUUUUGUUGCACCUUUCCCAUCAAAAACAGAGGACUCAUGUAACACUACAAUUGGAUAGAGGAAUAACGCAAGAUUUUGCAAAGUAUGUAAAGUGUUAUCAGUCGGAAAAGCCACAAUGCCAUCGUCUGCAUACAGACAUGUAUGAGCAGUUGAAAACCAUUUAUUCUGGAUUUAUUGAACCCAGCAUUAUUGCUGACCCUAACAAAGGUAUGAAACACCUUUCCCAGAUAAAUACAAACGACAGAUCAAUUCAAGUUAGGGACAGGCAACUUGGUUUGGGUGAUUUUUGUCUCCCUCUUAUUAGAGAAUGCCUUAGGGACAAACAUAAAAAUCACUGGAUUAAUGACUUCUAUGUUGCUGUUAGAAAAGGUUAUGUAAAUGCAAGUGACAAGAUGAAAAAACUGCCACUUUUAAAUAGCACUAUAAUACAACUAUCAUCUCUGGACCCCGGUUUGCAAAAGUCUUCCACAACAGCUGGUGCUUUGGGAAAAUUAGGUGAAAGCUUACCAAAUGUCAUCAGUUCUGACGUGUGGCAUUCUGGAUGCUGAAAUCCGCAUGUAUACUGUCGAUGCGUCAAUGUCACAGUUACAUGCUGAUGAGACUGCACCCGAUUUCAACCUGGACAAAGACUUGUGGAGCAAGUUAAUAGCUCUAAAGCUAAAUGGUGAAACAAAGUAUCCAUUAUUAGGUUCACUAGUUAAAGCUCUACUCUCAAUUUUUAGUGGUCCUUUGGUGGAAAACACCUUUAAUAUCAUGGACGAUAUCAUCGAAGAUGAUCGGGCGCGGAUGACCCACAAAAACUAUGAGAGUUUGGCCAUUGUAAAAAGCCAUCUCAAGGCCCGGGGAGAAAGUGCCAUCACGAUGACUGUAUCUCAGUCCAUGAGAAAGUAUGUUUUUUCUGCCAGGCAGCGCCAUCAAGAGUAUAUGGAGCUACCUGCAAAAGACAGUAUGGCAAAGUCAGUUUCAUCAUCAACUGAAGUUAUACAACCAACACUACCAUCCUCAGCUUCAUCUGUGCCAUCAUUAGGUACCUCUUCUGUAUCAACUAUGUCACCUGCUUCAACAUCCUUACCAUCGACAGCCUUUUCUUCAGCUGCUCAAGACAUAUGUAACAGAAAUUUGUCAAGAAAAAGAAAACAUACAGACACCACAAAUACUGCAGCCAUUACAAAGUUCUUCAAAAAAAUAUAACUUGAUUUGUUACACACUUUUACAUAUCACUUGUUAAAUAUUUGUUGUAAAUAAUUGAUGCCUAUUUUGAUGUUAUAUAAAUUGAUUUGUUACACACUUUUACAUAUUAUUUGUUAAAUAUUUGUUGUAAAAUUGAUGCCUAUUUUGAAUUUAUUUCUUAUGUCAACACUGAUAAAUAUUUAUUGUAUGCCACACUGCAUUUCUUAAAUAGUUUGAUAGGAUUUUAUUUAUGCGUUUGUAAUAAGUGCCGUUAAAAUAUAUUGUUUGGGAAAAUUAAUGUGGAUACAUAUAUGCAUAUAUGAUGUAAUCAUUGCAUGAUAAAAGUGUAUGAAUUUUAUGCGUUUCGUUAAGAUUCAGGGUUUGAAAAAUGUGGAAAUGAAGUUUCAGGGUUCAAGAAAUUUUUAAAAAGGCAUUUCAGGGUUCAUAGCUUACGGUGAGUGGCACCCCUGCCCCACCCCUCAAAAAUCAGUUUUUCCAUGUUCUUCUAGGGAACAUGAAGGAAAAUUCACGAUAACUGCGCUAAAUGAUAUUCUUUUAAAAAAUAUCGCAAGUGCUUUUGGUGCGUAAUAUUUUAUUUUGCUUUUCUGAAAUGGUGAAAUAAAUAAAUAAAUCUUGAUGUAAAAGCGGGCCGGUCCAUAGAAUAUUAAUAUAGUUCAGGGGCGUGAAAAAAAAGGGGGGGGGGGCACUAAUUGGGAUUCUUAUAAAGUGCAUUACUUGUAUGAAUAUUUUGUCAAAUAUUUAGCCCCACCCCCAUUGCUCAAUAUUACAUUUUAUAAAGGAUCUAUACGGAAAACAUUGUUUUUAGAGGCUGUUUAAUUUUUUAUAUAUUUAUUUGGUGCUUAAUUGUGAUGUAAACAAAGUUGUGUUGAUCAGCUGACUUUUAGGUGGACAUGAUUGAUAUCAUAAGUAUUAUAAUCACAUUUUUUUCUUUCAGAUAAUCCGCCGAUGAGCGCAGAUUCUGUUUGGAAGAGGAACUUUAUUGAAGCCAUGUAUUUCAGAGAACAAUCUGAAAAUGAGAAAAAGGUUGCUUUAAGUGAACCUCACAGUGUAGCUUAAAUCUGCAGGAAGUUUUCUAGUGCUAAAUCAUUUCUCCAUUUAUCUGUAUAAUUAAUAAGAUUUGAGCACGUUAUUCUGAUGCAUCCUUUUGUAUAACCAGAUAAGUUACCAUAUGUUUGUGCAUUGUUCUGAUCUGAUACAUGCUUCUGUAUAUUUAGAUAAGAUAUGUGUGUAUUAUUCUGACACAUUUCAAUUAUUUUUUCCAGACACUGCAGGAUGUGGUCAAUCAUCUCCAGGAGUUAUGCAACAAAAAAGAUAAAUACAUUCAGUCCACCAAAAUGAUCAUAAAAUUCAGGGAAAAUCAUAUACAGUCGUUGCAGAUGGCUUCUAAGGGGUACCUAGAGAUGGAAAAGGACACAUUAGUUGUGAGUCAUUUUUUAGGAUAUUAUUUAAUUGCAUUUUAAAACAGCAAUUACUACUAUGACUGUGACCCUUUGGUCUUGAAAUGAGAUAGCAUGAUGUUUCCCUCAAGUUUUAUUGUUUGGAGUAAUUAUCUGUGAAUUCCUAGAAGAACCUAAGAAACAAUGACCCAGUAAUUCUGGUUUAAUGGAAUUAUGUAACAAGUCUCAUGUAAAAAUGCUAAUGCGACAUAAAUUGCUUGCUCAUUUUUAUCCAUAUUCAAAAUGUUUUCUUUUCUUCUUCUUCUAUAUCUUAAGGGCCCACGAUCAAUUUAUUGAUCAUUUUGGCUCCUAUGCAUGUAGAUAGGAGUUGCAAUGUUUCUGUUACUGGUGGAGAUGAGGAAAUUAUGCACUAGGGGUUUGAAGGCUUGAGGCAAUAGACACAAAUGUGUCUAGUGUUGUCGCCUCAACUGUUCCUUUUGAAAGAUGGUUCCAGUCCCUGAUUGUCUUGGGCAGGAAUGAGCAGGUCCUAUACUGGCUUCUUGCUGGUAUGAGCCUGAAUUGCCUGUCAUGGCCUCGUCGCUGUCUAUGGGGGAGAGGGACGAGUUUCUGUUUAAUACUGGAACAGUGGACCAGCCCAUUAUUUAUCUUGUACAUCAUGGAGAGCCUGGAUUGUCGUCGUCGUUUCUCCAAUGGUGACCAGCCUAGUGUUUCUAGCAUGCUGCCAACACUAGAGGUAUUCCUGUAGCGGUUUAGGACAAAGCGUGCUGCUCGUCGCUGGACCGCCUCCAACCUGUCAAUGCUCUUCUGGGUAAAUGGGUCCCAGACUGAAGAUGCAUAAUCUAAAAUCGGACGGAUAAAGGCUUUAUAUGCUCUUUCUUUCACACAGGAGUUGCCAAUCUUUAGAUUUCGCCUUAAGAACCCCAAGGCUUGGUUUGCUUGGUUACAUACAUUGUUAAUAUGUGUAUCAUUGCACAAUAUAGAAUUGCAUGCAGGUGAAAAGUAUAAUUUUUUUGUGUGUUAAAUUAAUUUUAAAAUUUAUUUAUAUCCCAGAAAUCUUUGCGUGACGAGAUUAAAGUACUGCGUCAACAACUUGAAAACAACCCAAUGCUCGCCAAGUAUGCUGGUGAAAACAAGCACUUACGCAGUGAGCUGAAGCAGCUGAGAGCCCGCGAGUCUCUUAGCAAUAUCCAUAAUGAUGUGUCCCGGAGUGCCCAACUAGAGAGGGUCUUCAAGGAGCUGAAGUUAUACAAGGGUGAGUUAUGUUGUAAAUGUAGCUGUCAUCUGAUAUUCUCCAUCAUUUGACUUUGGCUAUCACAACCUAAAUAACUUCAGAAACACUGGCAUCCCUUAAUAUUUAUUUUAUUCUAUGCAUUUCUAGGAACUUGACCCUGAAUAUUUUAUGAAAUUCCCUCAUACGUUGUACUACCUCAUGUUUUUGUUUAUUGAAAUUUAAUGAAUAACUCAAUCUUUUAAGUGUCGCCCUUUAUAUAAUUAUACUAUUAGAAAUAUGGCUGAAAUUUAUGAAAAUAUUUGCUUAUAUGUAGUCCAGUUUUGUUGGUUGCUUUUAAAGUGCAAAAUGUCUUUAACUUAUCAGGGGCAGUUGUUAUUUUAAAGAAAAUAAAUGUCUAACAUUGAUCAGAAUUGAGCACCGGCAGCCCUUGUGGAGGUCUGCGAUCUUCUCCUUUGAAGGAUGGGCUGUCAGCCGCUACACUUGAUAAACACAGACGAGAAGUAAAGGGCUUGCAGGAACAAAUUGAAAUAGUAAGUUAACGUACUUGAUGUUGUGGCAGUGGUAAAUAAUCUGCUCCUCUUGAGCAGCAUGCAGCUCUUUGAAGGAAUAUAUGCAUCUUUUUUUUUUAAACUAAUCUCUAAUGCAGAAGAAUCGGGCCCCUGCCUGCAAAUCCCAUAAUUAUUAUCUCAGCACUUAUAAUAUUUAAAAAUGGCCUCUCACCCCUUAAAGGGUUGCUGACCCCUGUGUUGGAGUAAACUACUACUUUUCACAGAGUUGUAAAAUUGAUUGACUCUGAAGAAAAAUCUGGCGGGUAUAUCUAUUUUGUCUGAUCAAUGCAGAGGUUAUUUCUAACACUACCCAUGGUUUUGUCCACGUUAACACUUCUAUGACAUUGGUUUUCAGUUGCGGCAACAGCUAGUUGAUGUCACCAAAGCAGCUGAGAACCGACAGAUGGAGAUGGAUGUUGAGCUCGUUUCUUGUCGUCGCAUGAUUGUGGAGCUAGAAAGAGUCCUGGAAGCUCACCAGCUCAAGGCCAGGAUUGAAUGCAAUGCUUUAAAAGACCUCCACUGCCAGACACUGAAGGUUUUGAUUGAGAGCAUGCAUUUUUAUCGUUAGCAUUUUCUAUUUUUGAAGAAGAAUAAACUCAUUCUUCCUUCACUAGCAUAUAAUUUUAAUAUUGUCCUUUGCAAAGACAAAUUUGAAUGAUUUAUUAUUUUUCACUAUCUAAAAAUAAUUGUGAGGUUUCAAAGAAAUGUAUUUUUAUUUUUUUUUAAACCAAAAUUAAAUUUCUUCUGACUAAAUUAAAUCUAGUCGUAGAAUAUUCAGAAUCUCUUAAAACAGAUUGACCAGUCAUCUAUUUGAUGGGGCUGUUUGUUUAAAUACAUGGUAUAUCUAUGUACUCUGGUCUAAAACUAUGUGACCAUUUCAAUAUUUAUUUCUUUAAAAAGAAAUAAAUUAUAACAAGAUCCACAUACCUUGAUUUUUUUUUUUUUAAAAAGCAAAGGAUUUGAACAUCAUUCCAUUAGGUAUCAACAAAAAAAAAAAACAAUUUUAUUUUUUUUUUUUUAAAAAGCAAAGGAUUUGAACAUCAUUCCAUUAGGUAUCAAAAAAAAAAAAAAACAAUCUCACAUUUGAUUUCCACAUUGAAAAUGUGAGAUUGUUUGGAAAAUAAAACAUGAAAGAAACGAAUGCAUAUAUUUGGUGUUCCUUAGGCCGCUAUUUCCUCUCACCAGGUAAUGACAACCCCAAAAAUGUCAGCCAGUUCUCCCAAUACACAAGAGCAGGCAGUGGGUGAGCCGCAAGAGGCAGAGCUUGGUAUAACAGACUGCAUUCUGCCCAAGGACUUGGCUGAGGGAGCACAUGAUGCCUUAAUGGAGGAAAUACACAUGCUUCAGAUGGAGAAUGGGAAACUAAAGGUAGAUAACUUGGAAUAAAGGAAACCGAAUGAUUUUUCAAUUACUUGGAACAGAUGCUUAUUUGAAUUUAACUUUUUGUUUUUAUUUUCAAGGGUUUGAAAUGCCUGACCCUCGAAUUAUUAUUGUCACUAUAACUCUGGAUUUUUAUUAUUUAUUAAAUUAAAACCUUGGUCCCUUUGAUUAAAACAUUGGUAUUUACAUUAAAACUUUGAUAAAUUUCACUGAAAUCUUGGUCAGUUUAGUGUUUAUGUGAUGGUGUAUAUUAUAAAUAUGAGGUGACUGUUAAAUAUGAGAUGACUGAUGCAUCCAUCAGUUAUGUGUUUAUUUGAUGGUCUAUUUAAAAAUUAUUUGGUAACUGACACAUAUUUUAUUAGUACGGGUUUCUUUUUUUAAAGGAAAGAAUUGACGAAUAUGAAGCUGACAUGUUGAGGCAACGGCAACAAGUGGAAAAACUGGAACUUUACAACACUCAGCUCAACUCAGUAAGUUAAUUACAAAACAGCAUCUUUUGAUCUGGUAACUUCAUCAGGCCAGUUAGCUUCUGCAAUAGCCUAAUUACACAUUUCAUUUUGAGUUGAAUUAUUUAGAUAUUUAAUCCAUCUGCAGCACUGAAGAAAACAAAAAGCUUUUUUUUUUAAAAUUACACAUCUUGAAUCACUGAGAUCACUAAUCCAAUACUUAUAUGGGAAAUUAAAAUAAAUGAACUCCUUUUACAUGAAACAUUUUAAACAAAUUGCAUUUAGGUGUUAGAGAAAGAAAGAGCAGAGAACACAGCCAGAAGAAAUGAUUACACCAGUGCGGUCAACACAUUAAAGGAAGAAAUCGAUACUGUAAAAAAUGAUCUAAAAUGUAAGUCUUCAAGGUGUGCUCAAAACAUUUAUCGUAUUAAUCUGUCACGGAAGCAAGAUUAUUUGCAGCAGUUUUGAUGGUAUACAUUUACUUGAAUUUUUUUAUCAUAAAUUUUGUAAUCCAUAAUUUGAUAUUUCUUUACAUUUAAGUAAAUUACUUUUAAAGAAUAAAGAUAAUGAUUAUCAGUAUGUCCUUAUUUUAUUUAAUGGUUAGUGUUGAAUGAUGAGAACACAGACCUGCACUUGGUUCUUAAGUCAGCUGACAAGCAACUGAAGGAGGAAAAAGAGAAUCACAAGGCUCUUCACCUCGCCUUUACCCAGGAAAUCCAAAGCCUUGAGGCAAAAGUGAGUUUGUCGAUAUGGAGGGAAAUAUGUGCUCUAUGCUUGUUAAUUUUUAAAUUUAAUGAUUGAAUGUAACGCUCUGACAAUGUAGGGUGUUUGAGAGUGUUUUAUUAGCUUGAGAGCUGUCAGGUCAAUGAGAUAGUAUGUGGCCAUAAUUGCGAUGGUAAAAAUGAAAUGCUGUAUUUAGAUACUAAAUGAAGGUUUAAAACUUAUCUUACCCUCAGUGAAUGAUUGUGGAGGAUUCUAUUUCUCUUUAAGGUGGUUCUAUUUCUCUUUUAUAUGGUUCUAAUUUUAAUUAUAGCAUGAAAUAAACAAAAUGAAAGUAGGUUCGAAGGCAACUUUUAUUUUGUUGAAUAAAAAAAUGAAGGCUUAUAGUCUUGUUAUAAUUGUGGAUUUAACAUUCUAGAGCAGGGAUGGACAAAUAGCACAGCUGUGUGACUGGGCUAAAUAGUGAGAUCUAAUUUAUAAGAAUGGAUUAAUCAUUAAACUGGUAAUUAAUCGGCUUGCAGCAGAUAUUGGGAUUGCAGGAUGAUUAUUGUCAUUUUCAGACACAAAAACUUAUGGAGCUCCAAACUAAAAUAAAAGGGCUGAUGAUAAAGUUGGAAUUGAAUUUUGUUCAAUCAUUUUAUUUAUUUAUUUUGUAUUGAUUCUUUUUGUCUAUAGUUGUCUAAAACCAGCAUAGAUUUGGAGACAACCACCAGAGAUUAUGAAGAUGCUCUGAAAGAACUUGGGGCACUAAAGGUUAGUCAGACUAAAUAACAGAAACUCUAGCGUUCUUAUUUUAAGUAUCUUGUCCAAUGAGAUCAGCUUAGAGAUCAAUAGAUACAAAAGUGACGAUAUGGAGUUUCGGUUAAGCUGCUGCCAAUUCAACUGCCCUGAAACAGCUACAUAAUAGUACAAAUGAUUAGUUAAUAUUACACAUUCAAGAUUUUCUCUUUUUGUUCGGUGUAGGAAGAUAUAGAGACCUCCCGGGUAACCAUGACAUUCCUCGAGCACCAUGCGGCUGAGCUGGAAGAAUCUAGAAAUAGAGAAGUCAAGAAAAGGGAAAAGCUGGAACAAGAAAUAAGAGUGAUUGUUUUUUCAUUUUGUUUUGAAAAGUGUUUGAUGUUUGUCCAAAUAGGUCUCAGUUAUAAUUUAGGAUUCAAACAACUGGACUAAAACAUAGGAUAACAAAACAAGAAUUUAAAAAAAAACAUUUGGGUUAUCUUUAUAUGUUUAAGAAAGGUUGAAAGUUUGCUCAAAAUUUUAGUUUAAGUUCAUAAGAUUUACUCUAUGGGCCUUAAGUUCAUAUGAUUUACUCUAUGGGCCUUAAGUUCAUAUGAUUUACUCUAUGGGCCUUAAGUUCAUAUGAUUUACUCUAUGGGCCUUAAGUUCAUAUGAUUUACUCUAUGGGCCUUAAAUUCAUAUGACUUACUCUAUGGGCCUUAAGUUCAUAUGAUUGAUUCUAUAGGUAUUAAGUUCAUAUGAUUGAUUCUAUAGGCCUUAAAGAAUGCAGGUGAUCUAAUCAACUACAAGGAGUUCAAAGAGCAAGCAGAAGUUAAUUUAGACUACAAAGAAAAUGAGCUGGAGGUUGUCCUUGCCGCCAAGGCUGAACAAGAUAGAACCAUUGAGCAACAAGGAAAACUUAUUGAGGAAAAUAAGGUAAAUCCCUUGUGACAUUCAGAUCAGCAUACAUAUUGCGCAGAUAUCUGUUAUUUCUAGAUUUAAACAAUAUUAAGUUUUAAAAAUUUGUAUAUGUAUAAUAUAUUUUCUGUAUUUGAGACUUGUACCCAUCAUGAGACAAUGUUGUCUUUUUUAACAUUUUAAAGUGCUUAUGGCAGGUGUAACUACUAGGCAAGUAUAAUAGUAGGUUUGAGUCCGACAGCAAUCUAAUGCUAACCCAUGGAAAAUUUGCUUGGGAGAGACUGUAGAUUAGUAUCCUUAAAUUUGCUACUUCCUUAAAGUGGCUGAUGUUUUGCUCAGAGUUGCUCUCUGUCCAUUGCUGUGGUCAGACUGUACAUGUUUGAACAUGCAACCCCAUCUGGCUCAACCCUGUGGUUCAUUCCUCUAGUUCAAAUCUGCAUUGCACCACAAGGCUUUCAUUCUUCCAAGUCUAAAUGAUGGUGGUGGCUAAAUAAAAAUAUAUUUUAAUUGCAUGUUACAACUUUGAUUUCCAGGAAAUUAUCAGUAAUAUGAUGAACUUAAUGCAUGAGAUGAAAAUGAACUUGGCUGGCAAGGAAGCUUCCAACAUGAAUCUUAAAUCCGAGAUAGAAAAUUAUAAAAUGGAGGCAGAGGAUGCCAAGAGAGAUUUGGAGAAGACAUCCGCUCAACUUAACAGCACACUUCAAAAGAUGUCUGAGAUGAAACAGAACUUUGAAAAUGCCUUACAGCGAAAGGACUUUGAAGUGAGUUGGUUUGAAAGUAGAAACUUGACAUGCUUUUUAAUUGUAUUUAUUAAUAGAUCAGUUAAACUACUGAUGUCUUUACUGGGAGGGGGUUUAAAUAACUAAUCGUUAUAUUUAUUUUGGCUGGCUGUGAAAUUUUUCAGUAGUUCCUAAUUUGCAUGUAGUUUGAAUGGAAUAAUUGACAUCCCAAAAUUCCUCAAGAAAAUUGCUUGAAUCCAAUGUUUGUUAAAUAGUACCCUUAUCUAAGAACUGAAAAGGCCAAAGCUACAGUGUAUUCAGUUUCUUACUCCCCCUUGUACUCUACGGCCGCCGCUUUCCACGCCAAGGAAAUUUGAAAUGAGCGCUUGCAUAUUUAGUAUUCAACAUCUAAGCUGAUUUACUGAAUUAAAGCACUGAUGUUUAUGCUUGAAUAAAAUACAUCCUAGAUUUGGUUCCAAGAGGCCAGGUUGGGUCAUGUUGCAUGCGCAAAGAUAAUGUUAUAGUCCAUUUCAGAUGUCCAACUUACAAGAGGACCAGGAGAGUGCAAACAACUCAUUGUUGAGACAAGCAGACAUAAUCAAUAACCUCCAAGAACAACUUAAAGCUAAAGAGGUAAGAAUGCAGCUGUGUCCCUCAAUGGAGUUCCCCAAAAUUUUGGUUGAAAUUCAAUAAAAUAAGCUGGUUUCAUUUAACCUUAGCAUGCUUAAUUCUGUUGUCAUCUAAGGUUAACAGUUCAAACUGUUUUUCCAACUUACUCAAACAAAUUGGUUUUGACAUUGAUCAGCCAGGAUAUUGUAACCUAUUUUAAAUGGCUAUUCAAUGAAGGCCACGUCAGAUGAAAAUUGGUUCCAUGUGACUUGCACUUUUGCUUCCUCGUGUGCUGGUGAGGUGGUGUCUAUGAUAGCAUGUAUGGUGACUGUCAGGUGGCAAGAGGGUGGGCUCGUGUGCGGCUGGUCACUGCUUCCAGGCGACACGUUGGAACACACCCCUGGGUGGGGGCUGCAGGGGCACUAGAUGCUUUCCUUUUUCCCAUGCCAAAUUAGCAUAUGCAAGGGAUUGAUGAGUGUCUGGGUCCAGAACACAAAAGCUUGUGGGGUAAGUCAUGGUGGGAUGUGCUUUUUAGCUGCGGCAUGCUGGAUAGAAACUUUUGAUCUGUUGGCUGUAAGGAGGGAAGCAAGAUGCUUUGACCCAAAUAGUUUUCUAUGUAUGCCCUGCCUAGUGGACAUUGUCUGGUGUAUUUGCACAAAGACUAACGCAAAUAUGUGGAGAAUUGCAUUAUGAACUAAGCUACACAUAACCACGGGCUUUUCUGUCUUUGGCCACACGUAAACUGUUGUGAGGGUGUUGUCUUAGCCUGGUGUGCGAUUCUUUGUUAGUUACCGCUCAAGAUUGUAAACUCCGCUAGUGCUUCAUGCACUUUCUAACCUAUAGACGGGCUAGUGAACUUGAUUGAGUUUACAUAUUUCUGUUCAAAGCAUUGGACUCUGAAAAAAACCUUGUGCUAUUGAUUCAGUUUGAAAUUACUGAGAAAAAUAGAACAAAAAAGUAAAAGUUGCCCUCUGGAUAAGUUAUGCUCUUUCAAGGAACUUAUAUUAUUAAUUUUUUUUUAAUUUCACUUUUUGAGACUUCCUCUGAGGGAAGAUAUUGGUUCUGGUAAGAUACCUAAGCCAAUCAGGCCAACAUCUGGUUCCCAAUGGCUAGCCAGAGAUGAUGGCUGAAAGGUUUCUUUUCAUAAAGCUUGAGCAACCAGUAAAUUUAAAACUGAUUUUUAGAAAUGUCUUAAAUGUAAUCCAUUGCCAUUCUUUUCUGAUGUUUAUGAAAUGUAAAAUGUAUUGAUCAUUUUCUUACAAACUUCUUCACCAGAUGGUCUGCAAAGAGAGGUUAUCAACUAAUGAGGACUUAAAAAACAAGGUCAGUUCUCUAAAAAAACAUAUUUUUUUUGUUGGUUUAAAUUUUUAAUCUAAACAGCUGGCAAAUAAACUUUUAUUUUAUGGAAAUUUUCAUUUAAACACAAUGCCAAGUGGAGGUGAUGACCGAUUUCAAUAAUAUAACAUGGCAAAAUGAAACAUUCGUGAAUAAUCUCCGUUUCACUGCUCACGCUUCCUAGCAUGUUUAUUCAUUCAUAAAUGGGUAUAUUGCAACUUUUAAAUAAAAAAUAGCUUGUUUAAAGUCCGAUUUUUGUCAAAGUUUGAGUUUUUAAACUGAUAAAUAGCAAUUUUGUUAAUUAUGGACUCAGAUGAUGAAUUUUAUAGUAAUUAAGAGGAACGGAGACAUAAUUCCUCUGUUGAUUAUGCUAGCUAUAGUAAUACAGCUUUAAUGAAGAUAAUAAGGGGAGAGACUGCAAUCAGGUUAGAAAAAUAGGAAAUGAGUAAAACAAAGUAAGGUGGAACCUGAAAAAAGGAUCGCAACAAAACAACGAACGUGUCGGCAGGAAGCCUUCGUCAGCAAGCAAACAACAGAAAAAACAGAAUAAAAUAUUUUUUUAAAAUUUAAAUAGCACUUAGCUGAGAAGUAGUAUCCCAGAGGGCAGCAAAAAAAUUGUGACAGAAAAUAAGAGGGUGAGAGAUUAAAUAGGGAAGAGGGAAAGAAAAGAGAAGUUAGUCCACUGCGAUAGUUCAUGGGCGUGGAAAAAAAAAACUGUGCAGUGACGUAUCUUGGGGGGUGGGUUGGGGGGGGGGGGGGGGGGGUUGUAGCAAAAAUUGGGAUUCAUAAAUGUGCAAUACUUGAGUUCAUGUUUUGUCAAGUAACUUUAGUUGAUGGGAAGUUCACGCAUUGCCGUCGCCAAUGUUUGGCGGGCUUUAACUAGUUCCUUAUAUUGUCUUACAUUGACUUGUGUUGUUCCUUAUAUUGUCUAACAUUGACUUGUGUUGUUCCUUAUAUUGUCUUACAUUGACUUUUCUUGUACAUGUUGGCAUUCCUUAUAUUGUCUUACAUUGACUUGUGUUGUUCCUUAUAUUGUCUUACAUUGACUUGUGUAGUGUUGUACAUGUUGGCAUUCCUUAUAUUGUCUUACAUUGACUUGUGUUGUUCCUUAUAUUGUCUUACAUUGACUUUUCUUGUACAUGUUGGCAUUCCUUAUAUUGUCUUACAUUGAUUCGUGUUGUUCCUUAUAUUGUCUUACAUUGACUUGUGUUAUUCCUAAUAUUGUCUUACAUUGACUUGUGUUGUGUUGUUCCUCAUAUUGUCUUACAUUGACUUGUGUUGUUCCUUAUAUUGUCUUACAUUGACUUGUGUUAUUCCUAAUAUUGUCUUACAUUGACUUGUGUUGUGUUGUUCCUCAUAUUGUCUUACAUUGACUUGUGUUGUACCAUGUUUUACAGUUGGAAGAGAAAGAUAAAGUCAUGCAAGAGACUAUACAGAGAUUCAAAGAACGUCUCAGAGAGGCCACCAACUCAGAUGAAAGCAAUGACAGCUUAAAAAAACUGCUCAAUCAGAAAAAUAUUGAACUUGAAAAGUAUCCUUUGAAUAGAUUAAGGGUAAAAAACUUCAGCUGUGCAAACAAGAUAAACUUUUUAACAUUAUCAGUUAUUAACCCUCUUGAGAUGACUUGGCCGAGCCGAUCUAUCGGCCAAAGAGUCAGAUCCGAAAAAGACAAAGGAUUGGUCCAUUGGCCCAAUAAUACAAGCCUCGAUAUUGGCUUCCUUGCAUACCUACCAGCUAAUCAGAUUGCUUCUCCAAUUUCUUGCUGAACUCUGCAUUUAAAUGGCAGCUUCCAUUGAUAGCUUGUGGUGUUCUGUCCUGUCAUUUUAUUUUAUGUUUUUUCCCUUUUUUUAUUUUGGUACCAAGAGACCCUUUUAAAUGCUUACAAAAUGUAGGUCCUAGACUUAUGACACACAACUUAAGCACCCCCAGUGGAAUAUUUUAUGCACUUUUUCAUAUUGAAUCUCAUUCAAGUGUUUGUUAGGACUUAUUUAGGCUUCAACACUCAACAAAAAUCUGCAAGUAAGACAUGUUUAUUCUAAGUGUAAAAACAAAUUGCAUGCAUAAAUUAUGCAAAUUGGGAUAACUCAUUUUUUAAAAUAGUGAGAUUCAGUUUGAUUCAUAAGAAUCGAGUUAUUUCAUUCAAUUUCCUCCUAAUAUAUAUACAGUUUUAUAUUUGUAAAAUAAUUACUUUAUAUUUUGUAUAAAAUAAAUUGAAAAAAAUGCUAGGCAUGUGAUAUAAAAAGGUCCAGUCUCAAGAGGGUUAUUAAAUUAAUUUGAAUUAUCAUAUCUUACCAGCUUAGAUAGAAAAGAAAUAAAGCGAUUAGGUCAACUUUUUUAUUUAAAUACAUGCAACCUAUAGUGUAAGAAGUCUAGUCUACAGCGUAAGAAGUCUAGCCUAUAGUGUAAGUAGUGUCCCAUACCAUGUAAUGUAGUAGUUCUCCUGUACCACAAGAUUUUUUCCUUGACCCCCCUAAGUUUACUAGUUAACUACAAGAAACUGAGCAACAUGCUACAAGAAUAUGAGCAGAAGAGGCGUGAGAAAAAUGAAGAAAAUGAACUUUUGAAAGUAAGUGGAAAUAGAUUUAUUUGCUUAAAUACACACAUAAGCUGUUGACUGGAUAUCAGGCAUUUAUGUACAUGAGACACAUUGAAGGUUCCCUCCUGUCACAAGUGCAACCAUAACUAAUGUCAUAUGGUUAUGUUAACAACAGUCUGUCCUUACGUCACCAGAUGAACAUUUGAUUUAUCAGUUCUGGUCUAUGCUUAAAUUUUUCAUCUUUUUUUAACAAGUUUCUUUAAAGACCAACACUAUAUAAAAUGAGUGCUGUAAAAAUCGUGAUUUUUUAAAUAAAAAUAUAUAUAAAUUGGAUUUAAAUAUGAUUUUAACAUUUUUAAUUAUUUACAUCUUUUUUUUAAAGGGAUUUCUUGACAUUUUGAAGCAUUAAUGUUUAAAUUAAAUAAAAUGUUUAGAUUAAAAAAAACAUGGUUAAUGGUAUUUAAAUAAAUUUUUUGUAUUUAAAUUGUAUUUUUUAUUUUUAAAUCUUAUUUGUUUCUUGAACUUCAUUUUUAAAAAAUAAUUUUAGAUUACUUUAGAUUUUGAAAUAGAUUAAUGAUUAUAAAGAUUAAACAUAAUGAAGUCAAUGGUAUUUAAAUCAAUAAUUUUAACUUGUAUUUUUCUUUUAUUUAAUUUUAUUUUUAAAUAGAUUGUUUAAUUUUGUAUUUUUAAGGAUUUCUUUAGAUUUUGAAGUAUAUGCUAUUAAUUUUUUAUAAAACACAUGAUGUGGUUAAUAUUUUUUAAAUCAAAUUGUUUUGGAUUAGAAUUGAAUUUUAACAUCCUGAAUUAAACUUAAGAAAAAAUAUUAUAAAAAAUAAUUAAAUUUUAAUUAAAUCCAUUUAAAAGUAUAAAAUAUUCAUCUAAUGUUAUAUAACAGGCCUGCACAACUUAAAAUGUAAGGCAGGCUGUAAUACUUUAUGCAAAACUUGUGCAGGCCGAAAGAUUAUAUUUACAGGGUUUCAUCCAUUGUAUGUACAGGGUUUCAUCCAUUGUAUGUACAGGGUUCAAUCUAUCAAAUUCCUGUGAUUUAUGUUUUUUAUAUGUAUUAAUUAGGAAAUUGAAAGCUAUUAGAUUUCUUUAUUGUUUUCAUUAUACAUAAUAUAAAUUGUUUCGGUUCUCAAAGUUUUCUGUUUGAUAUUGGAUUAACUUAUCUACAUUGCAGCUAGGAAAUUUGAGCCCAAUUUAUUUUUUAUUUUUUUUUUGGUCUGCUAUUUUUGAGCACCUGCUAAUAGACAACUGAGGUACUCACUGAAUGGUACCACAAUUAUUUUCAUUUCUAUGUCCAAACAGUUCUAAAUGUACAAUUACAAAUUCUAUUUACAGAAUUAGCUAAACAUAAUCAUAAACCUUAUUAAACUGAGAGCAGCUUUUGAAAGUAUUUGAUACCAGGUACAAUCCAACCGUUUAGGGUGGUCAAGAAAAACAAUUUCAAUCAAGAAAAUACCCAUGUUCACUGUUUAAAUAAGUCUCCGUGUCACUUGAAUUUAUUCCAGUCCCAGGUCAUGGAGCUGGACAAAAUCAAGGAAAGUUACAACGAGGCUAAACAAAUGAUUGAUGAGCUUCAAGUGACCUUGAACACAGUGAAGGCCAACAACAAAGAUAUGUGAGUCCAGCCGGUCGUAGAACUAACUUAGCGUCAUGACUAGAGCAAGAUAUUUACACACAAGCAAAGACACAACUCGUUAAAAUUGUGACUAAAGCAAAAUAUCUAGGAAGACACAACUCAUUAAAAUUGUGACUAAAGCAAAAUAUCUAGGAAGACACAACUCAUUAAAAUUGUGACUUAAGCAAGAUAUCUGCACACAUGCAAAGACACAACUCACUAUCAGGUAUCACUUAAGAAGAAAAUGUUUUUAUUCCCUACCAUAAUUGAUUCCUUGAAUGUUUCCACCAGCAUCAAGACUUUGGAGAACAUGUUGAAGGAGAGAGAUCUUGAGCUUAAAGAGGAGCAGAGAAAGACACGGGAGCUAGAUGCCAAGAUGAAAGCCCUUCAAGAGGAGAAAAACAGAAUUGAAUCUGAGUAUGUGGAACCUUCUCUAUUUGCCCGCUCCUUGUAAUUUUAAUGCUACAUUAUGUUUGGUUCAAUCCUUAAAAACGGUGAUUCUUAUGAAGUCAUGGGACACUUGACUAUUAUAGUCAGUCCAAAAUUGCAUAGAUAUCCAUUCACAAUGAGCAUUAAGUUUGUAUGUUGGCUAAUAGAUUGCCAUUAUUAUUCAGCAUUAAGUAAGUAAGGUGUUAGACACAAAUUGACUUACCAGACACUCUCUUCCCAUAGGUUCAUUGCCUCUAAACAAGAGGAGCAGAAUAGUGUUGAGGAAGUGGCCAGGUAAGAAAACUUGUUUUUAUUUACUCAUAUUUACUUUGUCUUAUGCAGAUUUGUAUAGAUCUAGUGUUAAAAGCUUACUUUAAAAAUUAUUAUCUCUUUUAAGACAAUAGCAUUGCAAUCAACUAUGUUUCAAUAGGAAGUGGCACUGGCUUUUCGUUGUACCAUUCAGACAGAAAAGGAGUGAUUCAGGGUUACCAAAAUGUUCUUUAGAUGAUUAUUCUUUUAGAGUUAUUUCUGAUAUUUCUACAUUAUUCUGGCACGGCUGAAUGGUGAACUUUUCUCUAUUUCAGGCUGCAGUGUAUCCUUGACAGCCACUACACUGAAAAGACAGAGUUAAAUUCAAAGAUUGAAAGUCUUCAAGAAGAGAAAACAAAGCUUAGAGAUGUAAGGGGUCCUUGUAGAGGAGUGGUUCAAACCUUUUCUUUCCUUUGGGCUGCUCCAUGUUUAUGUCAUACUGAAAUUUAUUUCAAUUUAUUUUGUUGCUUUUUUUUUUUAAUUAAAAAAAACACUUUUUUCCUAAUUCAUUGUUUCCCCAAGUUAAUUGAAAACCAGAUGUUUACAAAUAUUCUGGAACGAACUAAAUUUUCUAACACUGGCAGCAAAGAUUGAACAUUAUUAAAUACAUUAUUUUUAAAUAAUGAAACAGAACUCGUGACAUUUUACUGCUUCUAGUGCUGAGAAAGAGGAUAUUUAAAUGUUGGCAUUUUUAUUAUGUAUUAACUAUUCAUAAUUUUUUUUGUUUUUUGGGAACCAGUAAAAAUUGUUUAUUAUUUCAAACAGGGCUAGUUAAAAAAAAAAAAAAAAGCCAUUAAAAAAAUUACUUUUAUUUCUAUACCUUGAUUUCCCAAAAUGUAUUACAACUAUAUUUAUCAAAAGAUAAAGAUUUAUUUUAUUCUUCCUGUCAUAAUGGUGCACCUCAUCUAUUGAGAUCCACUGAUUUGGAGCUUUCUAUAAUAAAUAUAGUUCCUUUUUAUUUUCAUGCUAAAUAAGAAACUGGUGAUAGAAGAAAAAUAGUCUUAUUUUUGGUUUAGUCAAAUUUUAUAAGCCAAAGGUGUUGGUGGAUUAUAGAAAAGCUAUUUAUCAAUAUCAGAGCUGUUAGUUUUUGGUAUCAGAGGUGUUGGGCUUUUGUAUAUUUGGCUCACAAUUACUUAGACUAAUGGAGUUCUAUACACAACAAUGGAUCAUUUCACUUUGAUUUGAACAAUACUUAACAUUUCCUGCAGGAAUUGGCAACGCUGAAGGAACUGAAUUCUCAGCUAGUUGAAGAAAGCAAUCGCAUUAUAGGUCAUACAAACACUAAUCAAAAGAUUCGUCUUUUUGAUAAGAAAAACCAGGAAUACAAUGAGUUAACAAAGGUAAGUGGCGUUCUUUUUUUUUUUUUUUUUUCAAUUUUUUUUUCCAAGAAAAAUUGGCACAAUUUUUUUUUUUUUUUAAAAAAAAAAAACAAUAAAAAAAAAAAAAAAAAAAUAGAUACAUUGGCACAAUUUUUUUUUUUUUUAAAAACAAGGAACGCAUAAAAAAAAGAACAAAAAAAAGAAGUUUGGAAUAGAAAGAGAGGACAAUAAAAGAAGAACUAGAGCCUUCCUCAGCAGACAGGACAAUAAAAGAACUAGAGCCUUCCUCAGCAGACAGGACAAUAAAAGAACUAGAGCCUUCCUCAGCAGACAGGAAAAUAAAAGAACUAGAGCCUUCCUCAGCAGACAGGACAAUAAAAGAAGAACUAGAGCCUUCCUCAGCAGACAGGACAAUAAAAGAACUAGAGCCUUCCUCAGCAGACGGGACAAUAACAGAAGAACGCUUUGGCUAGGAGCCUUCCUCAGCAGACAGGACAAAUGAAACAUUCUUAAUUGUUUUGUCUAUAUAUUUCAAGCCUCCACAUACCAUGUGCCACUAUUUCAUUCACACAGUCCUUCAUUUAUUAUCAUACAAGAUGUGUUUGUGUAUGAAUUAAAUGUUGUGUGUAUCGCAGCCUAUUAAACAUGCAUGGAGUUUUCUAAUUGUUUCCUCUGGUUAAAAUAGCUCCAUUGUAAUUGAUAUAUAAAUUUUGGUUUAAAAAAAAAAUUGUAUAAUUUUUUGAAAAAUUCUUGUAAUAAUGUCUUAAAAGACGCAAAACAAUAAUGGUAAAUAACGUUUCAGCUUUUAGGAUCUUAAGGCUUUUGAAACAACUUUGUAUCAAAUCUGUAGUGUAGUUGAUCUACGCCCAAUAUUCACACAUCAAACCUGUUCUUAAAUAAUUUUUUUGUCUCUGUCAGAAAUACAUAGAGUUGCAGAGUGAACAUCGCAAGCUGUUACAGGACCUUAAGCCCCAGGGUAAAACACCUUGUAAGACUACAGCGCCCCCUGGCAUUCGUGAUAUCACUAAUGUCAGCAUCAAUUAGUACAUCAGGAACAUCCACCAUCAGCAUUGUGAAAGUAAACAACAAAAUUAUUCCAUCAGAUUUGGCAUAGAAUAUUCCAAUUAUGAUGUAUGUAUUUAAAAAACCAUAAAAAGUUUUUCGUCAUGAAAAUGUUUUGGAAACAUCCAUCACAACAAGGAGACUAUGUCGGAGACAUUCAUUUUUGUGUGUGUCUGUUGAUAGAGACUGUUAAUCAACCCUCUCAUUUUUUCUUUUUCCUUCUAUCUCUCUG